AACAAUAAAGACUGAUUUGUGCCACAAAAGAAUAAAAAAUGGUAUUAGCUGACGUGAUAGAAGUUCCUCAAAGUUUGGUUCAGGAAUUAAGACAAAGGUUCGAGAAGAAAUGCAAAAGUGAGGAAGUUAAAUUUCAUCCAGCGGAUUUGGCGAGAAUUUAUGACAACGAUUUGUGGCUCACGAAAUUUCUGCAGGAGAAAGACUUGAAUAUAGAUGAGGCUUUUACGAUGCUGUGGAAUACUUGUAAUUGGAGAAUGGAGUUUAAAGUUAAUGACAUCAACGCUGACAACAUUCGUCAAGACUACCGUGAUCUCGGCUUAUAUUUCCCGCAUACUGCUCGCGAUAUCGACGGCAAAGUUCUCUUCAUGUUCCGCUGCAAACUCUACGAACGCGGCACCAAAGAUCUCGAUGAACUCAAACGCGUUCUCGUCUACUGGAUCGAACGAACGCUGCGCGAGCAAAAUUGCGAUCUCAUUACGCCCGUUUUCGACAUGACAGAUUGCGGCAUGAGCAACAUCGACUUGCCCUACACGCAAUACAUCAUAAAUACCUUCAAAAGUUACUACCCGGCGCAGAUUAAUUACAUCAUCAUUUAUGACGCAGCAUGGAUCUUGAAUGCAACCUUUCAAAUUAUCAAGAAACUUCUACCUGCGAAGGCUGUGGCACGUUUGAAGUUCCUGAACGCAAAAAAUAUUCGAGAAUAUGUCGACGAAGAUAAUAUGCCGGUUUUGUGGAAAGGCAACAACAAAUACGAGUAUUCGUGGGUACCGGAGAAAAUUUCGUUGAAUAAAUGACGAAAAACUCAAAAAUGGACUUUUCAACCACAAAAGAAUCGUCAUUGAUGGAACGAGUCCCAUAAGGUCUCGUAAUCUUAAUUUUAUUAAAGUACUUAAAAUAAUGAAAGAAAGUAUCCCAACAAUAAA